AUGCCGCCGGUAAAUCGAAUAGCCAUUCCAGCAACUUCUUGUGAACGAGGUAACGAUUCACGAUGCUCACAUAGACAUGCAGCGCGGCUUUACAAACCCAGCGCCGAAGGUGAUCAUAUCUUGCUUUCAUAUUGUUCUAUUCUGACUGAUGAUACUAAGACCGAUUCCGCCCGCUCCGCUCUUAGCUCUUUCACAUGCACGCUCUGUAAUAAAUCAUACUCCCGCCAUCCUGAAUACGAAGCACACAUCUCCUCCUAUGAUCAUCAGCAUACAAAGCGCCUUCGGGAUUUGAAACAGCUGUCCCGCGAUCCAAAUGCGGCCGAGAGAGCACGGCGUGCCGAACGAAAAGCGGACGCGGAAGCUGGGCUAGUUGUUGUCGAUACUGCCCAUCCCGUAUCGACUGGAGGAGCGAAAGGCAAUACCGGUGGUGGAGGGUUCAAGAAAGGUGGUUUUAAGAGCUCUUUUGCGGUUGUUUCCACAGGAGUGAGUAGCGGCACCGGCGGAGGAGGGGCCACGACGACGGGGCCCGGGUUGGCGAGAAAGAAUGUGCUGGGAGAUGACGACGAUGAAUCGAUUCCGACUCCUGCAAUCUCGUCUCGAUCGAAAGAGGAGAAAAGCUCGAAAGAAUCCAAUGCUGUGGAGAGCGAUACAGAUGAUGAUUAUGGUGGAGAUGAUCUGAAGGCUGAGGGAGGAUAUUACGAUCCACGGAAACCUACAGGUUGCUUCGUAGGUUGUAAGGGUUUACGAAGCGUGUCUGUAGAAUAA